AGAUGUUAGAACGUUGAGGAAACCUGUAAUUCAUAAGUAGUAAGAAGUGAGUGGAAAGUGAGCGUAAAUGUGUACAAAUAAUAGUCUAUUACAGUAUUAAGAUCUAGAAUCGAAAAACGCUAUGUACAAAAAAGAAAAUUGAACAUUUUUUUAAUAAUUGGACGUGCGUCACACGCGGUAUGCUAUCGCGUGGGCAUGAUAUAAGUCGCAAAAUCGUUAGUGUGUGGACUAUAGUGCUUUGAAUACGCGCUUGCAACGUUACCAGCUCAUUAAGCACACUAAAAUUAUGUACUUUCGCAAACUGUUAACAUUUAUAGCUGUAGCUCUUUCCUCACGGAUAAGUGCAGACAAUAUACCUGUCGUCGAUCUAGCAUCGAUAAAUCAUGCUAAGAUCGAUGUUAAUACUGUGAGCGUGUCGGGACUAUCCAGCGGAGGAUUCAUGGCCAAUACAAUGCACUACGUGUUCUCUUCCAAGGUCAAAGGUGGUGGAGUAUUUGCUGGAGGUCCAUUUAACAUCGGUUAUAACGUGACCUCUCGUGACUUUUUGCCAGCAUAUGCGGUAAAUGUUCUUGCGUCUGUUUUGGGUCGUUCUCAGAGUGAACUACAAGCACAAACUGCAUUUUUGUCAGACCAAGGGAUAAUUGAUCGAGUUACUAAUUUAAAAGGAUCUAAGUCAUACGUAUACCAAGGCGGUGUCGAUCCAAUUAAUCCUGAAUUUGUUGGAUUAUCUCAGAAGGUUGUCAACAUUUACAAGCACUUCGGAUCAGAUGUGAAAUAUCUCCGUUUACCAUUCGGAACUCAUGGUGUACCCACCGACAAUUAUGGCAGUGCUUGCCACUCAUAUAACAUUAUAGACGAUGGAUUAAAUAAGUGUGGCAUCGAGUCAAUCUUCGAAAUGUUCGCUCAUUUCUAUGGUAAAGAUUACAAGAAGCCAAUAAGUUCGUCAACGCCAUACACCGGUACUCUGUAUAAUUUCGAUCAGAGUCCUUUCACUCCAUCAGGGAAUGCUGCAACUGAUUUCAUGAAUGACUAUGGUGGCAUUUACAUACCAUUGGCAUGUGAUAAUGUCAAUGCUACGUGUAAAUUGCAUGUUGCAUUCCACGGCUGUUACCAAACGAUAUUUUCAAACUUGUUUUACGAUAGAUGGGCUGUACAUGCUGGAUUUUUUCAAGUUGCUGAUAAAAACAACGUAAUUGUUGUGUUUCCACGUACUGCUAUUUUUGCAUUACAGUUGACUGGCACAUCAAAUUUGGCUUGUUGGGACUGGUUUGGCGGUACUACGACUUCUACGAUUCCCUUCAAGCAAAUGCCACAAAUUAAAUCGGUUGCAAAUAUAUUGAAUGCAAUAAUUGGAUCGAAUGUAUUCGAUUAAGAUAAAUGUUGAUCGUGCUGACGAUCUUGUUUAAAUAAAUGAACGAAACAUUCA